AAGUGUUGUUCUAACAGGAAUAAGUAGCAGGGUUCUCACUAUCUCCUGCUGGGCUCAGUGGUGCUGAUGAGAGCAGACAGGAGUCGCCACUUCAUUGGCUCCACCUCCAGUGGGAGAGAGAGAGAGAGAGAGAGAGAGAGAGAGAGCGCUGAUGACUGGGAGACAUGCUUGCCUGUGAGGAGCCCGCAGAGCAUCUUCCAGACGUCGCCGGACGCGCUCCCCUCCACAUUUCCAACUCUUUUAUCGUUUCUUUCUCACCUGCCUCUGACUUCGCCUUGAGUGCAUGUUAAACAGGAAGCUUCCAUCCUCCCUUCCUUCAGUCCGUUCUGGGGUUUUUUUCCCCCCACCCGUCAUCUCUUUAUGGAGUAAAUCUGGCAGCUGUCUCUCUCUCUCUCUCCUAAAUCCUAAACUCGUAGUAGAGCUUUUCUCAGACAUGCCUCGCCUGUCAGUUUCGCUCCUCAUGUGGCUAUAACCGAUGUUGGUGCCGUCCUUCGUCCAAGUGGUUUACAGCAAAGGAUAUUUUUUUUUUUUCUAAAAUAAGCGAACUCCUCCAUAAAUCAAUCUAUCAAUUUUUUUUUUUUUUUUUUUUUUGGAAGCGUGUCCAGAUUUUUUUCUAAAUCCCACUCCCACGAUGGCUGAUACAAAUGCAGAGUGCAAUAUAAAGGUGUUGUGCCGGUUUCGUCCAUUGAAUCAGUCCGAAACCAUCCGUGGAGAUAAGUUCAUCCCAAUAUUUCAAGGAGAAGACACUGUCAUCUACGGGGGGAGGUCGUAUGUUUUUGACCAGGUCUUCCCGACUAACACCACCCAGGAGCAGGUCUACAACACCUGCGCCAAGCAGAUUGUCAAAGAUGUACUCGGUGGAUACAACGGGACCAUCUUUGCCUACGGGCAGACGUCCUCUGGAAAGACACACACCAUGGAGGGAAACCUUCACGAUCCACAGGGUAUGGGAAUCAUCCCUCGGAUCGCGGAUGACAUAUUUGAACAUAUAUUUGCCAUGGAUGAGAACCUAGAAUUUCAUAUCAAGGUUUCCUACUUUGAAAUCUACAUGGACAAAAUCCGGGACCUGUUGGAUGUGACAAAAACGAACCUUUCGGUACACGAAGACAAAUACAGAGUUCCUUAUGUGAAGGGCUGCACUGAGCGCUUUGUCACAAGUCCAGAGGAAGUGAUGGAUGUGAUCGAUGAAGGAAAAGCCAACCGUCAUGUGGCUGUCACGAACAUGAAUGAGCACAGUUCCCGCAGUCACAGCAUCUUCCUGAUAAACAUCAAGCAGGAAAACGUGGAGACAGAACAGAAGCUGAUCGGCAAGCUGUACCUGGUUGACCUGGCUGGUAGCGAGAAGGUCAGUAAGACGGGCGCCGAGGGAACCGUGUUGGAUGAGGCCAAGAACAUCAACAAGUCUUUGUCAGCCCUGGGAAAUGUCAUCUCAGCCUUGGCCGAGGGAACGAAAUCCCACGUGCCGUAUCGUGACAGCAAAAUGACUCGCAUCCUGCAGGACUCGCUGGGCGGAAACUGUCGCACCACCAUGUUCAUCUGCUGCUCGCCCUCCAGCUACAACGACGUCGAGACCAAGUCCACCCUGAUGUUCGGCCAACGUGCCAAGACCAUCAGGAACACGGUGUCAGUGAACCUGGAGCUCACAGCAGAGCAGUGGAAGAAGAAGUACGAGAAGGAGAAGGAGAAGAACAGGCUGAUGAAGGAGACCGUUCAGAGGCUGGAGGCGGAGCUGAGCUGCUGGAGGAACGGCCAAAAUGUAGAUCUGUUGGAGCAGCUGAGAGAAGAUUCAGAGGAGGUUCCCCUGGUGCCUUCGGAACACGAGGAACCGAUUCUUGACAUCUGCAGCCCCUGCAGCUCCUGCUCCAUCGCCUCCUCCAUCGUGGUUCACAUUUCUGAGGAGGAGCGGCAGAAGUACGAGGAGGAGAUCCGCAAGCUGUACAAACAGCUGGACGAUAAGGAUGAUGAGAUCAACUACCAGAGCCAGAUGGUGGAGAAGCUGAAGGAGCAGAUGCUCAGCCAGGAGGAGCUUCUUGCAUCAUCCAGGGGUGACAGCAAGAGAGUGCAAUCAGAGCUGGGCAGGCUGCAGACAGAAAAUGAAUCUGCUAAGACGGAGGUGAAGGAGGUCCUGCAGGCCCUGGAGGAGCUGGCUGUCAACUAUGACCAGAAAAGCCUGGAGUUGGAUGAGAAGAGCAUGCAGAACAAGCUCCUGGCAGAAGAGCUCACGAAGAAAAUGAGUCAGCUGAUGGCACUGGAGGCAGAGCUGUCUCGUAUCCAGGAAGUGAGCGGCCACCAGAGGAAACGCAUCGCCGAGAUUCUAAACGGGCUCAUGAGGGAUCUGAGUGAGUUCAGCGCCAUUGUUGGCAACAAGGAGAUCAAGCUGCCCAGGGAGAUCACUGGUGCGAUUGAGGAGGAAUUCACAGUGGCUCGCCUCUACGUCAGUAAGAUCAAGUCAGAGGUGAAGUCCAUGGUGAAGCGCUGCCGCCACCUGGAGAACCUGCAGAUGGAGUGUCAUCGCAAGAUGGAAGAGACGGGGAGGGAGCUGUCCUCGUGUCACCUCCUCAUUUCACAGCACGGGGCCAAAAUCUGCUCUCUGACAAAAUACACGCAGAACCUGGAGCUGAAGAAGAGACAGUUGGAAGACAGCUACGACUCUCUGAGCAUGGAGCUGGCCAAACUCCAGGCUCAAGAGAGAAUGUCGCAAAUGACCCGGGAAAAGAGUGAAACUUCAGAGCAGGAUUACUGUGAUCUAAAGAGAGCUCUGGAGCAGCAGAUGGAGUCGCACCGUGAAACGCACGGCAAACAGCUCAGCCACCUGCGAGACAAGAUCUCGGAGAAGCAGAAGUACAUCGACGAGUUGACAGACUGCAACCAGCAGCAGCAGCUAGAACUGGAGCAACUGCACGACGACUACGAGCGUCUCAGGUGCCAGGAGCAUCACAAGAGCCACCAGCUGGAGGAACUGACAUUUCUCCACGAGCGACAUGAACAGUCAAAGCAGGACCUCAAAGGACUGGAGGAGACUGUUGGACGGGAACUCAGCACCUUGCACAACCUGCGCAAACUUUUCGUUCAGGACCUCACCUUUCGAGUCCGAAAAAGUGCGCUGCUGGAGCCUGAUGAUUCUGGAGGAUACCUCACCCAGAAACAGAAGAUUUCCUUUCUUGAAAACAACCUGGACCAGCUUACGAAGGUUCACAAACAGCUGGUUCGUGACAACGCAGACCUUCGCUUCGGGGAGCGAAUAAAAGCCGUGGUGGGGGCCCUUUAUCCUCUCCGCCGGCCUCACACUGCACACAUCGCCAAGGCCGUGCGUCCUGGCCACUUUCCAGUCUGCCCUUCCAGUCCUCUCUCAGUCCAGGGCUACAGCGAACAGCCUGCUACGUUCUCCAACACUGUUCUGCACAUUAGCACCAAACGAGCGGCUGAUCCUGCGGCACGAGGUAGUGAGCCACGGUUACCCGAGGACAACUCCAACCGGAACAGCCCCGGUAAACACAUCGAUUCCCAAAACAAUGACAUGCACGACAGCGAUGCCCAGAACAACAUGCUUCCAGAUGAGCCAGUGAGCCAAGCGGACAACAGCACUGCGGAGAUGCUUGAUUCCGAAAAUGGAAACACCACCGAUAUCAAUGACAACCGCAUGUGUGUGAAUGUGAAUUCUGUGUCAAGACCUGAUGUCUGUGACAAUCAGGAUCCGGCCAAGCUCUACAACCUGCGGCUGGACGCCUCGGCCAGCUAAUAGUUCGGAAAAAGGUGAGGAGAGCGGAGCACCAAGGACGAGUGUGUGAUCUGUUUGCCUGAGGUGACAGCUGCAUUAAUCACAUCAGUGGAAAAUGAUGAAGAGUUCAAUCAACCAACCAGUUACACAGCCUGAUAAUCAACAAGGGAAACCAUUUAAUUUACUCCCAGUAAAAACAAAAAAAAUAUAUAUAAGAGAGACACCAGGACAGACGUUUAGCAUACCGCUAAUUCCUCGAAUCCUAUUGGCUCAAACAAUAAACUAAAUUUGCCAGGUCAAUAUGUGUCCAAUAAAUCUAAAACCUUAGUGAUGAUUAGAUUUCAAACGUUUAGAUUGGGGGUCCCCAACCCCUGGUUCGGGGACCAGCGCUGGUCAAUUGGUCAUCUGGUACUGGGCUGAAGUGAGACACAGUUUCAUCAAUAUAUUU